AGGUGGUUUAGUGACGUCACCGCUGGCGUCACAGAGGAGGAAGAAUUGCGGAACUAGGAGGUUUACCGACCGAUAGCCAAGCUAACUAGCUCACUCAUCUAGCUAUUUAUCUCACCUCGAAAUACCAAUUCUCCCCGUUAGGUAGCCACUCAAACUCAAGGACCAAGAUGACAGCCGCACCUUACAACUACUCGUACAUCUUUAAGUACAUCAUCAUCGGUGAUAUGGGAGUUGGGAAGUCUUGCCUCCUGCAUCAAUUCACUGAGAAGAAAUUCAUGGCGGACUGCCCCCACACCAUCGGGGUGGAGUUCGGGACGAGGAUCAUGGAGGUGAACGGCCAGAAGGUGAAGCUGCAGAUCUGGGACACGGCGGGGCAGGAGCGGUUCAGGGCUGUCACCCGCUCCUACUACCGGGGGGCUGCCGGGGCCCUGAUGGUCUACGACAUCACAAGGAGAAGUACUUAUAAUCAUCUGAGCAGCUGGUUGACAGAUGCCAGGAACCUGACCAACCCAAACACAGUCAUCAUUCUGAUCGGCAACAAGGCAGACCUGGAGGCCCAGAGAGACGUUACGUAUGAGGAGGCCAAGCAGUUUGCAGAGGAGAAUGGGCUGUUGUUCCUGGAAGCCAGCGCAAAGACAGGGGAGAACGUGGAGGAGGCGUUCCUAGAAGCAGCCAAGCGGAUCUACCAGAACAUCCAGGACGGCAGCCUGGACCUGAACGCCGCCGAAUCCGGGGUGCAGCACAAGCCCUCAGUGCCCCAGGGCGGCCGGCUCAACUCAGACACACAGCCCGCCAAGGAGGGCUGCAGCUGCUAAUCUAACACACUACACAUGCACCGACACACAAACACAAAUAUGUCUCAUUCACACAGGUAAAAAGAAAUCUCAAUUUACUGUCUUAUAUAGACUCCUGCUCCCCCCACACACACUUGCUCUGUAAUUUAACACAGCCUGUUAGCCUUUUAAAUCUCUUAAUUGAUUUAAGUUAUUGAUUUUUCUAGUCCAGACAAAUGAUUUGACCCAUUCAUCAGAAUAGGCACCACACCUGAAGGAUGAAGAGGGUAGACGAUGAAGGAUUCGUUGAUCGGGUAACCAGUGAAGUUAGUUAUUUAGGGCACAUUGUGACUCAUCACAGCAUAGAAACAGCUGAACUAUGUAUUUGUACUGUUUCCCAGAGCUUCAAUGUCCCCCAGGGUGGCUGCUGAUUCUAUGCUAACGACCCACUGCUCUGGUAGGCUGACUUCAGACUCCCAGCAGGUGACCAGGGCCAACUGCCUCCCUUUGACAUGUCACGGAGGGCCAGCAAUCUGAAGGACCCUUUUUGUUUUCUAAUCAAGUAAACGCAGCACUAGUGAUCUGAGGGUUGGCCUUCAUCUAUCCCAUCAGUUUCCAACUGUUCCCCCUGUGACUUAUGAUUAGCGUUCUGCUCCCAUGUGAGGCAGCGAGUGCAUUAGGUCAUGGCUUAGAACCAGGACAGGUAGAUUAUGAGCUCUCUGUCCGGCAGGGCUGGCUCGGUUUCGGACAUGCGUUGCAAUGCCUCACCCAGGUCUGUGUGUGUGUGUGUGUGUGUGCCCAUGAAGUCCGCCCAAUCAACACCCAGUUUUUAUGUUGCAAUGAUUUUUAAGAAUAAUGAGUAUAAUACAACUGAAGUUGGCCGUUGUGCACGAUUUAAGACUAAAUUCCCUAGAUUGAUCCCAGAAUGCCGAUUUUUAUUUAGGUCUACGAGGUGGUAGCUUGGUUCAUCAGGGCCAGCUAUGCAUCGCCCUGAAAAAAAGCAUUUAUUCCUUAAGAAACACAGAAAACCCUCCCUAGAAGACAGUAUCAUCACUCGUUGGCUCGCAACAUGAUUGAGCGGCUGACUACUACUCGUGGCUAUAUUAGUGAUGGUAUACAGGUAGCCGGAGGCAUUCUGUCGCAUAUUCAGCACCUUUUAUUUACCCAUCCUUUAUUUAUCUAGUCAAAAUCCAGACCUGAUUGGUAGGUUGGUCUUUCUUAACCAAAUGCAGUUGGCCACGGGAACAUGUUUAUGUUUCAGUAUGACCGUAAAUUAACGAAUCUUGGUGUCAGAUGUUUGUGUCGCUGAAGGAGAUGUGAUUAACUAAAAACUAACCCAUUCACGCUAGAGCUGAACUACAGUUUAAUUGAUCCACGGGGUAUUUAAGUGACUCCACUGGUUUCUGCAUGUUACCAGGCUAAUCUAAGAGGAUGUUGCUGCUUUAGGGCUUUUCAGAAUAUCGACCAACAUUGCCUCCUCCAAGCCCCCUGCAGUUGUGGAUUUAAAAAAAGCAUGUUUCCCUGUAGUGUUGACAUUGACCAUGUGGCUAUGUCAGGUGACUCUUGAUUAUUAAAGUGUGGGUGGCUCCCAGCGUAGCAAACCUGAGUGACAGGACAAGAGAAACAUGGCAGAAACGCCUUGACGGCGAUCCGACAACACUAGAAAACAAAGGUCCCGCCCUCACAGCCUGUCAUGGCUUGUUUACCAGCAGCUCACUACAUGCACACACUUUCAAACACUUUAACAAGAGGUUUAAAACAAAAGAAAACCGACAACCCAAUUCUUCUGACCCGUGUGCACUGUGUAACAGUGUCUGUAGUGUGCACGUUUCUGGAACAUUCUUCGUAAAGUUUCUACCUGAUGUCUUGAUUUUGUUUUGGUCCUGAAGCUGAAAAGUGUUUGAAAAAAGAAGGCAGAAGACUCUCUCCGCUGAAACGUGCUCUGUACAUUUUCCUUUGAUUUUCUGCAACAGUCGUUUGUCUUUCUGUAAACGCUGCAUAUUAACUUGCUUCUGAUUCUUUCAUAUUUAUAUUCUGUAACAAGCUGUACCUUUCUAUGUACUACCACUGGAUUCAGCUGAUCUUAUUUGUAAAUAAAGUAUAUAUAUAAAUAUACUUAAACAGUACAAAUAUAUAUGCAUACUGAUCCAAUGAGUUCAAGACCUUGCUUGUAAUUUGAAGGAAAUAUACCUUGUCUUUAAUCUAGACAUUGAUUAAGAAAAGUUGACACUUAACCACUAGGUCACAUUAAGAGGUGUAAAAUAAACGUGUAUUAUUGAAAUUGGGUUGAUGGCAAAGUUGGGGAAUAAUAUAAUUUAUAUAGAUACAUUGAAAGCAUCCAAAUGAGAUUAACAAACUGCGAUGUGUGUAAUGGUUAAUAUGCAUGUUUAAGUGCAGAUAACAUGGAGCACUAUUUUCCUAUUUUAACAUAGAACUUCAUGAAUGAUAUGAUGGGGGCUAUAUCCCCCACCCACCAUGCUCAGAAUAAAGAAGGAUCAUUUGCA